GUGGAGUCCGGAACGCUUUAGGGAAGGGACCUGCGGCGUAAACAGAUGCUUUGCCGACGCCUGUAGACCGUGUCGGAGGGCGCAGGCCAUCAUGAACCGGCUCCAAGAUGACUAUGACCCCUACGCAAUUGAAGAGCCUAGCGACGAGGAGCCGGCUUUGAGCAGUUCUGAAGAUGAAGUGGAUGUGCUUUUACAUGGAACUCCCGACCAAAAACGAAAACUCAUCAGAGAAUGUCUUACUGGAGAAAGUGAAUCCUCUAGUGAAGAUGAAUUUGAAAAAGAAAUGGAAGCUGAAUUAAAUUCGACCAUAAAAACAAUGGAGGACAAGCUAUCCUCUCUGGAAACAGGGUCUUCCUCAGGAAAUGGGAAAGUUGGAACAGCUCCAACAAAGUACUACGAUGAUAUAUAUUUUGAUUCUGAUUCUGAAGAUGAAGACAAAGCAGCACAGGUAACCAAGAAAAAAAAGAAGAAAAGACACAGGAUUCCAACAAAUGAUGAAUUGCUAUAUGAUCCUGAGAAAGAUAACAGAGAUCAGGCCUGGGUUGAUGCACAGAGAAGAGGCUACCAUGGUUUUGGAAUACAGAGGCCAUGUCAACAACAGCAGCCUGUUCCAAAUAGUGAUGCUGUCUUGAAUUGCCCUGCCUGCAUGACCACGCUGUGUCUUGAUUGUCAAAGACAUGAAUCUUACAAAACUCAAUAUAGAGCAAUGUUUGUGAUGAAUUGCUCUGUCAACAAAGAGGAGGUUCUAAGAUACAAAAUCCCAGAGAACAGGAAGAAAAGACGAGGCCAUAAGAAGAUGAGGUCUAACCGUGAAGAUGCUGCAGAGCAGACAGAGACAGAAGUGGAAGAAAUCUAUCACCCAGUCAUGUGCACCGAAUGUUCCACUGAAGUGGCAGUCUACGACAAGGACGAAGUCUUUCAUUUUUUCAACGUUUUAGCAAGCCAUUCCUAAGUAGCUAAGUUGCCAUUGAGUUGCCCAGUAAUGUAGAUAAGGCAAGUAUGAACAGUUGUUUUUCUCCUGCCUCUUCAUAUCAAGUGACAUUCUCAGUGCUUAUUUGAGGAAGCAGUGUUUUGUCUUUAUCCUUUUGAAAGAGAAUGGUUAUCAACCUUCAUCCCCCCUCCUUUUUAAAAAAUUUUCCCCCAGCUCUGAUGGGACUGAUUAUUCCUUCCUUUUUCAUGGGCAUUUGGAAACCGUGGGGCUUUUUAUUUAUUAAAGCUCUUUAAAAUUAAAAUGUUCUGGAGUUAUAAGUAA